CCCUCCUCCUGCUGACGUCUGGCCCUGCCCGGCUGAAAACUCCGCGCCGCGGCGGAUGCGGCGGCUCUCGGGAGCGCGGCGGCGGCAGCAGCAGCAGCAGCAGCAGCGAAGAUGGUGGCCGCUCCGUGCGCCCGGCGGCUGGCGCGGCGCUCCCGCUCGGCGCUGGUGGCGGCGCUCACCGUGCUGCUCCUGCAGACCCUCCUCGUCUGGAAUUUCACCUCCCUCGACGCCGGCGAGGAGCAGCGCGGCGGCGCCGGCCGCGGGAAGCGAGACCGCGGCGGAGAUCAGCGGGCGCACCCGCAGCGCCGCGGACCCGCCGCCCCGCACGGCAAGGCGAUGAUUGAACCUCCUAGUCCCUACACCAGCUUGGAGACGCAGGAUGGCUAUUUUUCCCACCGACCGAAAGAGAAAAUGCGAACAGACAGCAAUAAUGAAAAUUCAGUCCCCAAGGACUUUGAAAAUAUUGAUAACAGUAACUUUGCUCCCAGGACUCAGAGGCAAAAACACCAGUCUGAGCUGGUGAAAAAACCCCUUAGUAAGCAAAAGGAGCACUUGAGAAAGAAACUGGAAGAGGAGAAGAUGAAGGAGAAUUUGCUGCUGGGGAAGAACUCCAAUGAGGUGGUGCAAUUCAGCGAUCACCCUGGAAAAAACAGCAGCAGCAACAACAGUUUGAAGGACAUUCACAGGUCUCCCAGACAGCAUAAUUUGAAAAAAAGUGGAAACAGCUCCCCUGAACUGAGAUAUGACCAACCACCAAAGUGUGAGGUAACGGGCAAAGAGGCAAUCUCAGCCAUGUCCCGGUCUAAAUCUAAGCAGUGUCGGCAGGAGAUCGCGGAGGUGUAUUGUCAGCACAAGCAUGGAAAGCUGAUGCCGGAGAAGGUGAUGCGUUUCUGUACACUGGAGGGAAAAGCCAACAACAAUGUACAGUGGGAUGAGGACUCCGUAGAAUACAUGCCAGCCAACCCAGUCAGGAUCGUAUUUGUCUUGGUUGUUCAUGGCAGAGCUUCUCGGCAGCUCCAACGCAUGUUUAAGGCUAUUUACCAUAAAGACCAUUUUUAUUACAUUCAUGUUGACAAGCGAUCCAAUUACUUGCACCGGCAAGUGCUCCAGUUUGCUGACCGGUACCCAAAUGUGAGAGUCACUUCUUGGAGAAUGGCAACUAUCUGGGGAGGAGCAAGUCUUCUGUCCACCUACCUGCGGACCAUGAGGGACUUAAUGGAGAUGAAUGACUGGCCAUGGGAUUUCUUCAUUAACCUCAGUGCUGCUGACUACCCAAUCAGGACAAAUGACCAGCUAGUAGCAUUCCUGUCCAGAUACCGUGAUAUGAACUUCUUGAAAUCACAUGGGAGGGACAAUGCAAGAUUUAUCAGAAAACAAGGACUGGAUCGGCUGUUCCUGGAAUGCGAUACCCACAUGUGGCGCCUGGGGGACCGCAGGAUCCCAGAAGGAAUCACAGUCGAUGGAGGGUCGGACUGGUUUCUCCUGAACAGGAAGUUUGUGGAGUAUGUCACUUUUUCUAAUGAUGAUCUGGUAACAAAGAUGAAGAGGUUUUACUCUUACACGUUGCUUCCUGCUGAGUCCUUCUUUCACACUGUUCUGGAGAACAGCCCGUACUGUGACUCCAUGGUGGACAACAACUUGCGCAUCACGAACUGGAACCGAAAACUCGGUUGCAAGUGUCAGUACAAGCACAUUGUUGACUGGUGUGGCUGUUCACCUAACGACUUCAAACCAGCAGACUUCCACCGAUUCCAGCAGACUGCCAGGCCAACUUUCUUUGCCCGCAAAUUUGAAGCUGUAGUGAAUCAGGAGAUAAUCGGCCAGCUGGACUACUACUUGUAUGGCAACUACCCCUCGGGCACACCCGGCCUCCGGUCGUACUGGGAGAACGUGUACGACGAGCCUGACGGCGUGCACACCCUCAGCGACGUCGCCCUCACCAUGUACCAUGCCUUCUCCCGCCUGGGCCUGAGGAGAGCGGAGACUUCGUUCCACGCUGCUGGAGACAACAGCUGCAGAUACUACCCCAUGGGCCAUCCAGUUUCCGUCCACCUUUACUUCCUUGCUGACCGUUUCCAAGGCUUCCUAAUUAGACACCACGCAACGAAUCUGGCUGUCAGUAAACUAGAAACUCUGGAAACGUGGGUGAUGCCCAAGAAAGUCUUUAAGAUCGCAAGUCCACCAAGUGAUUUUGGAAGGCUGCAGUUUUCAGAGAUUGGCACCGAAUGGGACGCCAAGGAAAGGCUUUUCCGGAAUUUCGGAGGACUCCUUGGGCCGACAGAUGAGCCAGUUGGCAUGCAGAAAUGGGGAAAAGGCCCCAACGUCACCGUUACUGUCAUUUGGGUGGAUCCUGUUAAUGUAAUUGCAGCAACAUAUGAUAUUCUUAUUGAAUCCAGUGCCGAAUUUACUCAUUACAAACCACCUUUGAAUUUGCCCCUGCGACCCGGUGUCUGGACGAUAAAAAUUCUGCAUCACUGGGUACAGGUAGCUGAAACCAAAUUCCUUGUUACCCCUCUCACCUUCUCUAAUCGGCAGCCUAUCAAACAAGAGGAAGCCAUGAAGUAUCACAGCGGGCCUCCGAAGAACGCGUACAUGGAGCAGAGCUUUCAGGGCUUGAACCCUGUCCUGAAUAUCCCCAUCAGCGCUGCCCGUGUGGACCAGGCCAAGAGGAACGCAGAGCUCGUGGGUGCCCGGCUAGAAGCCUGGGUGGACUCUCUGGUCAGCAGCGUCUGGUCGGCCGUGGACAUCUGCAGCACCGGCCCCACCGCCUGCCCAGUCAUGCAGAGCUGUGCUCAGACAGCCUGGAGUUCCCUGAGCCCGGACCCUAAAUCUGAGCUGGGCCCCAUCAAACCCGACGGUCGCUUGAGGUAGCAUCUGGUACGCUCUCCUCCAGCACAGGUUUUUAAAAGGGAAUUUAACCUUGUUCGUAUGUGAAUCCCACACCGCAUUUCAGAAACCUAAGGGAACAUUAUAAUUUUUUGUUACUUAUUGCAAUAUAAUUCAUUAAAAAAAAAAAAAAAAAAGAUUGACAAGGCCUUUGGCACUGCCCUCUCCAUCCUGCUGUCAGGGGCAGCUUCGGCCACCCCGCAGCCCCUGCCUCCCCAAGGUGCCCCGGCCACAUGUGCCACUGCACCCGCCGCCUCUGCAGGCUCCAGAACGGCUCCAGAACGGCAGCAGCAAGCCAUGGAGAGGGCAGCAAAGGAGCAGCUGCUAAAAGUGUUUCUUAAAAAUAAAUCUGUCUGUACCUCCGCUGUUUCAUAGGCUUUCUUUAUUUUGCUACCCUGAAUAAAUCACAGCAAAAUUCCCUUUUAGUUAUGCAUCCUGGGGAGGUCGGUUACUGCAGGCUAGAGCCUGUAUGGCUGCAUUACCUCACAGGACCUGAAAUAAUUAUGGUACAGCCUCACUCUAUUUUUUUUUAUUUUUUUUUUUAAUUACACAAAGUAAUUCUAAACUUAGUUAAUGUCUGUUAUCCUGCUUAGGAAAAACAAGCAAAAGCAGAAACUUCCAGAUUAUUUUCAGAGAUUUUUUAAAACUUAAUUCCAUGAUAAACUCUAAACGGAACCAGCUUGCUAUAUUAGAUUUCUGUGUCUCAUGCAGUCAGGUUCAGGGUCUGGGUAGGAAGAGUAUUAAAUUGAAGAACAAAGAAGUAUUUUGGAUUUCAGCCCUUUGGAAUCUGCGGGGUUUUUUUCUAAGCUCACCAGUACCUAAGCACUUUUGCAGACUUGCAGUGCAGCAGGUGUGUCUGUAGGCUGGGGGUGGGCUGCAAUGUGCCUGCUCACAGCCUUUGCCGAUUCUGCUUGUGAGCUGAGCUUGAGUUUUUUCUCAGGCAGUGGAGUUGUGUGGAGCCAGUAGAAUGGUAUAAUUGGGACCUAAAUCUGUAACAACAUGUUUCUUCCCUAAUGCGAAUAGUGGCUAGUACGUCUUAACACUAAUUCCCUCCCUUGAUCUCAGAUCUGCCAGCUCUUCGUGUUCAUGAAGGGUCCUUCUAGGCUUGUGCAGGGCAUGGGUUCCUGGCCGAAGCCACGAGCUGACGGCGAAGGAGAGCAAUGCUGUAGUUCUCAGUGCUUUGACUUUAUUCUGUCAACAACCUACCCUUGUGUGUCUUCAGAAUUUCUAGCAGGCUGCAUCCUGUUUUAAAUGGCAUGUUUUGCAUCGUUUUAAGCUGCAUUUUCUACAGUAGGAAAAAGAUUUAUUUACAUUCCAAGAACUUUUAAAAUAUAGGGGGGGUAUGCAAAUUAAUCUCCAACUAAUGCAUUUUACAUUAACAUAAAACAUGCAGUUUGUUGUUGCUGUGGUAAUCUCUUGUUAACAACGUAACCCAAAAAGGCUAUUAAAAGCUAUUGGGUUAAUUAGGAGAAAAAUCCUGUUGAUGUAAUGAAGUGAGGUAUCUGUUUACCCUUCUGUGUCUAUGGCUAACUUUCUGCUGAUGAGAGUUAUGCAUCCACAGCAGGAGGGAAACAGACCCUUAAAUCAUGCUGUAAUCGCGUCUCACAGAAAGGUUGAAUUCCCUUUUAAACAACAGUUGCAAGAUGACCGUAACACGCAGAUCCCAGUGGCUUCUAGUAUCUCUCUCCGACGUAUUGGUUUAAAGCUACUUGCAUUUUGCUUUGGACUUGAAAUUGCAGUGUCAGCUGUGCUGGCAUUAAGGCAAAGCAUUGAAAUGUUUAUCUGGCACAAAAACGGAUGCAUAGAAGGAACAAUUUAGGUAUUUAUUAUUUAUGUUUUAGUCAAUGACUAAUUAGUAGGUGCUGCUUUUGCAGCUUGAAGAUUACGUUAUCUUACUAACUGAAGCUGCCUUUAUUAAGAAAAGGCCUUCCUCCCCUCACACCUCCUUUUCUUUUUUUGUCUUGAUUUUGACAGUCACUAGAGCAGUAGUUUUAGGAAAGCUUGUAGCAGUGAGAGCUGGUUGAAAUAUUUCGGUCAAGGUAAUGUUCCAGCUUCACAACCAGCUCUAGUAGCAAGCGUGUUUAAAACCAGGGCUGCCAACAGGUUUAUAUAAUAGAAACACAGUGUUAUUACUUAUUCAGUGGAGGUUUUUUAACAGCGCUUGUUUUUAAUCUGACAUUCCUUCAUGAAGUUCAAAUUUUCUGGGGAUCUCCAAUCCUCACUGUGAAGUCCAGGGCUUUAGUCACACUGAUGCAAUGGCAAGUCUAUGGUUCAAGCCAAGCCCUGCAGGUUAAAUUAAGAACGUCGUAUUUGGGCACACAAUAAAAUUCGUUAACAAUCCCAGCCAGUGAUUGUUCUCAAUAAGACUACUGGGGUAGCGGCAAAAUCUUCAGUCUGUCUUGCACAUAAGCAUAUGUAUAAGGGUGCGCCCACACACAUGCAUGCAGAUAACUUGGUUUUUAAAUUUGAUACUUUUUUUAUUCUUAAGCAGGAAUGUUUUUAAGUGCUUUGUUGGUAAGUUUUCAUUAUUAACUAGACCAAGCAGAUGGUGGCAACAAUCCCAUCUUUUGUGGUUAGAAGAAAAUCUGCCACUUUUAUCAUUUAAAAUGGAAGGUGCAAAUUAUUUUCUUUUAGUACAAAAAAGGGAAAGAAAACAAAUGGUUGCUGAUAUAUCUAUUUACAUUAUAUGCUAGGUUUAAAAUAAAACAAAAUUUAUAUUAGUUUAUUUUCUGAAAGACAAAAAGCAUCUACACAAAGAAGUUUUGUAGCAAGCUGGCAAUCCCAGUGCUGCUGUUGAAAUAUAUGGUAUAAAACUGAAGAGGCUGAUCCUGCAGUCCUUUCUCAGGCAAAACUUCCAUGGAGUGCCAACGCUGAGUAAGGACUUCAGGGUCAAGUCCAGCAUAAAUAAAGGGUGUGGCAGUAUGAUCUGAGUAUAUACUGUCUGUGUUUGAAGUCAUGAAAGGAUGAGCUGCCGAGUUUGGAAUGUCUUCUGGGGGCAGUGUCAAGUUUUGGACCUAAAUGACAACCUCCACUAUAGCUAUUAGUAUGCAGACACGGAUACAUGAGUUAUAGAUGGGACACUGUGUCUGAGUUACAAAGUUCUGUAGUUGUGAAGAAGAACCAUGGAAAGCAAGACUUUGCAUCAGGGAUCAGAGCUUGCUCCAAGUCGAUGCUGUGGUAGCGCUGCUAAGAGCGACAUCCUGCUUGGUGGCUUUUGUGGUUCUGAAACGGCAGGCACCUGGAGCCUGUGUUGCGUAUUAUGUAGUGUGAGAAGAGAAUAACUUCACAGAUCUUACAUUUGGUGAAAAGGAGAAUUCAGAGCAGGGGCCCACAGUUCAUGCGAAACAAGCGAGUUACGCAUCUUCAUUUGAAUGUGCGAGUGUUGUUUUCCAGCCACGCUGGCUAGUCCUGGCUGAAGAGGACUCCACCUGAAGGCCAGUUUUGAUGAACAUCCCUUCCUGUGGGAGGGGGCUGUACUUCCAUGGGCACACAUUUGUCUUCUGUGCAUAAUGCUUUGCUCGUUCAAAUUCCCUGCCCAUUCUGCACGACAGCCAUGUAACACUUCUGUGAUCAAUCAGUAUUACGCAGAAAAAGAAUGUGGCACAAUGCAGAACAUCUACAUACAUGAUUUAAUGAAUUACAUCCAAAGUCAGUCUCAGCAUUAUGCAAACCUGUUUAUAUGGUAAUGUUAAGCCUUGAGGCUAAUAGAAAUAGCUCAAAUGACAGUUUAUUUUCAGAUUUGUCCAAUUCUUUCUUUGAUGUCAUUGGGACAUUGAGUUGUAGUAUUUGUAUUUUCAUUUUCUGAUAUUGAAAGGGUUUUUUAGAGUUGAAUUAUGUCUUCAUUUUUUGUGCUCUCGGCAAGCAGAGAAUUUUAACAAUUCCUUCAUGAUAGCAAGUGUUAUACAAGAAAGUCCCUCUGUAUCUCUGUUGUUAAGCCUUCGUUAUUGCUGAGCCUAGAGAUACAGGAAUGUGCAUUCAUCUGUUACAAAUUGACUUUCCUAAGUAUUGGCUUCAGUGCACAAUGCAUGUACAGUUGUUUAACGGCACAUUAUCAAUGAUCCUGCAGCACCUUCAAAAGGACCAGCUAAUGUGUAUUCACCUUCUGUCCAUCUCCUACAGCACUAAUUGCAAUACUAAUGAAAUCUCCAUCACUCUUAGCCACGAUUAUGGUGGACAGAGUAGUGAAGUCAGUGAAUCAGAACUGGGAUAUUCUGAGCCUGGCCAAAGGGAGAGAUGAAGGGUAAAGAAGCUGCUGAAACUUCACAAAAGUUUGACACAGUUGUGCUCCAACAAACCUUUGAACAAUCUGGGCACCUUCUGCACAGCAAGGCUGGGAAAUGCUGAUACCAUGAGAUCUCAGCUUUGACUUCCCAGAUAAAAAGAAAACAAGAUCCAGAUUUUUAUCGUGUCCAGGCAAUGAGGACCAACUUUCUGUUGAUUUCUCUGGCUCUCUUUCAUCACAGCUGUCAGAGAACUGCCAGCUUCCCGCCGGCUGUCACACCCUCAUUGUCUUCCGAGAUCACAAAGCUUCAGGAGUUGGCCACAUGAAACCUUGGCGAGCUCCACCACUUUCCAUUGAGCAGGAAGUUUUGUACUUGUGUGAGCCAAAUCCCUUAGGCUUCUUCAAAAACCCUAGCUGCAAAUCAGAAAAGUUUGCUUUUCAGAGCAGCCUUCAGUCAGCUCAGUACUAACACACGUGAAGGAGUUGGUAAAAGUGAUUGCAAUUAUCUUUUCCCAAUUUUCACGCAGGGGCAUUUAAUACAUGUAAUAGUAGGUUUAGUUAUUCCAGCAUCAGACCUGGUAGCAAGUAGCUGGCGGCGUUUCGCACUGGCCUUUGUUUCAGCCUGGUUAUGCAAAGAUAAUGGUCCGUACGUGCUUUUAUUUCAGCUAUUCAAGACCUCCAGGAUAGUCUGAAGCAUUCAUAGGACAUGAAUUAAACACAUGCUAAAUGGCAAUUGAAAACAUCAUGUAAAAAGGUCUUUCUAGACCAAACCCUCAGGCUUCUGCCAAGAUAGCUCCAGGACUGGAGCCCCCAGAGAGGGUGGGAGCAGUGUGGAGUUGGAGGGAUGGGCCACUGCCCUCCUAGGGGCCCAGCAGGAGCUGGAGAGCGGGAAUGGCGGCUGAGGGCAGCUGCUGCUGCAGCCAGGCACAGAGGAGCCAAACAAAUUAGGGUUAAGGGCAGCGAGCAAGACUCUGUAGAGAAAUACCUUUUUUCCUGUAGACUCUUCAAGGAUGAGUAAAUGCUCUGAUUUGUAACUCCUUUUGGAGGGGUAGAGUAGAAGGGAUUGGCCUUUGAAAACCUUUACAGCCACCAUCGCAGUAAGGGAGAAAAGAAUCGGGCUGAGAGCAUUUAAAAUUGAGGCAACAAACCUUACAGCCCCACGGCCACAGUAGCGCUAGUCUGUCUCCAGUUACGUUUGGUGUUGGCAGCGAUUAACCUUCACGGUGUGAUACUGCAGGUACCAUGUUGAUUUUGUUCCUGUAGACUAACAGUAGUGUGUAGAUCACUCUCUGCUCUUUGCUUCUGCCUUGGUUACCUUCUUUUGCUCAUGGGUGCUAUCACAGCUGCUACCUCACUGUGUCUGCAAACACGUUUACCUGAUAACAACAAAAAAAGGUACCAGAAAUCUCCUUGAACUGAAUGUACAAUCUAUGCAAAUUCUCUUUCUACUUUGUUAAAACCUAGAAGUAUUACUUGUAACCUUGCCAAAUAAACAGCAAGAUACUGUACAGGUGCCUCUGAUGACAGAGUGACAAUUCUAGGCGCAGUUCAUUGCGCUGCAUUUGUAUAUUGUAAUGACUUGACUUGUCUUUGGUUCUGUUGUAAUUAACACCCUCAACUGAGAAGAUAGCAACCUCUCGCUAGGGGAGCACCUUCAGUUUGCUGGGAAUAUUCUGGAGGAGGAUGUCUGUGGCAUUUCGUUUUAUUUUCCUGCUUACAUCCAAAAGAAGGCACAGACCUGCUGGCCAAAAUUAGGGUGGUGUUUCAGAUUUUCCUUGGGUGAAUCCGAUCAGCUCUGGAUUGCUUGGUGUCUGUCCCCAUUGCAGCAUCCAGUGUGUUGCCCCUUAAAGAAAGCCUUACUUUCAUCCUUUCUAAAUGUGGCCUUAAACUGUGUUAGAAAGUUUGAUGUUGUCUGUGUCUUGCUCACUUUUUCUGUUUGUUGUGGAAUAAAUAAAAGGCACCUUGAGGUUUCUAUUACAGCACAGUUGUGUUGCUGUCAGCUUACACUUCACAAAUACAAUAGAAAUUGCUUACAAAUGCAGUCUUUAAGGGAAGAAAAUGACCUUCCCUUUGGGCAAAAGGAUGGCUCAUAUGUUCAUAUAAACCUUAGGAAAUUAUGAGCUCUGUCUUUUGCAACUCACUGUAGAUAAGGAAGGUUGAUUUAAUUACCUACAAAGUACAAACUUAAUAACUUUUAAUUUAUCUUCAGACUGUAACAGGACAGACUGCUCUCAGAGGCACAAGACAAAUUCUGGAGUAAUUUCACUCAUUCUGACAUGAUGUAGUAGCAUUCCUUUCAGAUUCGAUAGCUGAUAGCUGGGAGUAGAUGCAUCCUCUUCAUGGUAUGGUCUUAAAAUCUGAAGAAUGUCACCAUGUGGGGCCAGAUUUUGAGUGAUGGUUGGGAAUCUAACAGUACAUUUAGAAGACAGGGGAGUCUGGUUGUAUCAUCUAAGUCGUAAAUGCAUUUCCAAAAAUUUGGCUGUUGGAGCUUCAUCCAAAGGUUGUCAAAAUCAGCAGAAACCAAGGACUUCUGCCAAGGCCCGUAUAUGUUGGGUUUCUUUCCUAGUUUUCUCCAUGAGAACUGUCAUGUUGCAGUAGCACCAAUAUUCCCGGCAGGCUGCAGUGCUUUGAGGAAUCCCAAAUCCUAUCCUGUUUAGGUAUUCAGAUGCGGAUACAACCCUAAAGGCAACUGAAAAGGGUGUACGUAGAAAACCAGAUUUGCGAAACAAAAAGAAUUAAUUUGAGUUAAUGAAAUGAUUUUUCUGACUUUGUCAUUUUGGUUUUGUUUUGGGUUGAUUGGAUUUUUGUAUUGCCUAACAUAGUCCAUAAUAAGUUAUUCCUAUUCUGUCAUUUUCAAAGACUGGUGGUAAUAUAGUUUUAAGAAAUAACUAUUUUGUUAUAGAUCAUAAUAUGCAUAAAAUUGUACAGAAAUAUUUUGUAAGCUAUUGAAUAAGAAAAAAGAAAGCCAUGUAUAUACAGCAAAGUUUAAAAAAAAUAUUGGGAAUUCAAAUGGAACACACUGAAAGUUGUAGAUAUUUUGCUAUUUAUUUAAAGGAGUAUUUUAUGAGAUAUUGAAAUGUCUUAAAUUGACCGGUAAUCAAAGUUCAAAGUCAGAAUGCUUUUCUUGUAGUAGAAUGUGAUUUUCAGCAAUUAUUGCACUACCCAUUUUUGCACCCUUUUGUCUUUCAUUUAGCAGAAAACAAUGUGCCUUAGCUGUAUUCUUUGUCAAUGGGAGUUUGGUUUUAUUGUCCAACAAAGCAAAUUUUUUUGCAGAAAAAGAAAUGGAUGUAUUAAAUACUGUAUUAUACCAAAAACACUGCAGUUGUAUAUAAAUGCUUUCUGUCAUACUGUGUUUUCAGAUGCAGAAUUUUAAAAUAAAAAAAAGGCUGUCUUUAGGA